AUGGGAUCCAAGAAAAAGAAGAGCAGCAAGAAGAAGCAGCACAGUGCUCCAAAGGAGGAAAAGGAGGACCAGGUGGACUAUGGCGCUACAGUUGACGCAUUCUUCCCUGGAGACGAUUCUUCUGCUCAUGCCGAAGAAGAAGACGUUCCUGUGGAAAAGGGUGAUGAUGAUGACAACGACAAGCAAGGCGAUGAAGGCACCGACGAAAUUGAAGAUGACAAGAAGAACGACGAGCCCUCCGAUGAUGACGAAGAAGAAGAAGAUGAUGAUGAAUCAUUAGAAGAGGAAGAAGAGAAAACUGCCAACCAGACAGCGUCGUCCCUGGUCAUGAUGGACAGCGAAGAACCCUGUUCCUUUGAUCUUCGCAAUUUGACAGCCGUCAACUCUCAUCCUCUCCACCACGAAUCUCUGUACAAGAAUAAGAAUGACUCGGAAUCGGCCAGCAAAAAGAAGAAAAAGAAAAAACAGCAAGAGAUUCCAGCUGAAGACGAAAAACUGACAAUCAACAAUGCGGCACAAGUGUUGAAUGAGGAGUACUUGUUGCAGAAAGCCACCGAAGGCUGUACGCAGUUGAUUCACGCCCUCUGGCAACUACCCACGGAACGAAGUGAUGCCGGUCCCAUGGUCCACUUGCCAACCUACGACAAGAUCCCCAUUCCCAGGGUUUUACCACCUCCACCCCCAAAGGCGGAAACCAAAUGGGAAAAAUUUGCCAAAGAACGAGGCAUUCCACUCAACAAGGAAAAACGAUCCCGCAAAGUCUGGGACGAAGCCACGGACACUUGGAAAUUCCGUCACGGAUACGACAAGGCCAAUGCCAAGGACAACAAUUGGCCCAUUAUGGAAGUUGGAGGCACUGAUGAUCCCUACGAAGAUCCAUGGCAAAAACAGCGGGAUGCCAAGUUUGCCAGGACCGAAGACAAUCGACAGAAUCAAAUGAAAAAUCAAGAACGAGCCGGUGUCUUGCCCAAGGGAGCCGCUCGAAAGGUACUCAAGAGCCGCACGGAAUCACGCAAAGCGGGCCGGGAAGGAGGAGGCAAUGCCGGAUUGCCUGUGGGUGUACCUGUGGACAUGACAGAGAACAAAUUGCGUGGACAAGCAUCCACGUUGGCAGCACUCAAGGCUACCCAAAAGUCCACGGCCUCCAUGGGCCGAUUCGACAAACCAGUCGAAGGAGAACCGGAACGCAAAUUCCCCGUUAGCAAAAAGAAACGCAAAUACAUGGCCGAGUCAUCCACGGGUAAGACCAGCGGAAAGGGCGAGCAAGAACGUGCCGCCAAGGUACUUCAGACAGUCUUGCACGGUGGUGGCGUUGAAACCGAAAAGGCCCGCAAGAAGGGCAAACUGGCCAAGGGCGUCACAGCGUAUGACUAUGAAUACGACGAUGGUUCCAACAAGGCUCUUUUCCAGAAGAAGAAGGGACGUGGAGGAAUCGGCAAAAACAAAAAGAUGACCAAAAAGAGAAUCAAAUAA